AUGGACCCAGAUGUCGGCGAAAAAACAUGGCAAAAAUUCUUCUACCAGCACAAUUCGCUCCUAGCCUUGCUCGACGCUCACGCUUCCCUGUUGGCGGAGAUGCGAAAAUUCUGUCUUGUUGAUAGUGCUACUAUGAACUUGGUGCAAGAACGUCUCAACACCACUGAGAGUCUGAUUGCAACGUUCAAGCUUUCCACCGAAUCCUUGACCGAAGUCACUAAGCGAGAAGAGCAAGUCAUCGAGGAUGCAAAGGUUCCCGAGCCGGAAAUCCUCGACAUCCCAAUCCCUACUUCUACAGCUGGCCAAAAAGCUCCCAUGCCUGCUGAGCCACUAUUGGAUCCCAGCGGCUUUUUCGCAGUCGACACAAAUCCCACUCCAAUCGAACAACUCUACAAAGAGAAGCCUAUUGUCGCCGUAAAGGCGAGGAACGGUCCCAAGCGGAAAGUUUCUGGGGAGCAGAUACAACCAGCCACAACAUCCGAAAAUGAGCGCAUGCGAAAGAGACCAAAACAUGGCGAUGACCAGCGAGAUAACCCGGUACAAGAGGAAGAGGACGAUUCUUUCCUGAAGAGAGUCGAGGCACGAUCACGGGCGAAGGAAGAGCGCAAAAAGGCUAAGACGGACAAGAAGCGCAAGAGACAGAGCGGUGAUUCCACUGGGAGUAUCAAGGGCCCCAAGACCAAAAAACGGAAGGAAAACAACGAUCCGAAACCCGCAACGGCGACACCUUCUUCGGCGCCCCCAAAGAAUCCACAGCCGCAGAAGGGCAAGAGACCUCCACCCGAGUCAAACAACAACGGUACAAACGGGCGAGCGAGUAAGAAGAAACGCCGAGGGUCAAAGCAUUAG